AUGAAAAAGCAGGAAAAAGUGGAGGUACCACAAAUACAAGCAGUUUCGUUAGAAACAAUCGUGGUACCAAACAACAAACGACACGCUGCAAUUACUCCAAAUACAAGAAGAUAUAUCAAUACCACAAAACCACCGUCCAAACGGCAAAAAAAUCAAGAUUCAGAAAUUAUCGUGAUAAAUGAUAGUUUUGAUGAUACCAUAGUCGAGACCGAUUAUAUAGAAAACCCAGAUUGGGUAAGAAAGAAAAUUCUACAAGAAAGACGAAAAUACAGCCGUGCUGCAUUAGAUUUUGAUGAAGAUAAAACCUGUAAAAGGAUCAUCUGUAGAACCAAAUGCUCAGGCCCGCGUUGUGGCUGUAGAAAAAUGGGCAGAAAAUUAUUAUUUAAAUGGUAA